CACAUUGCAAAUGGCGGCCAAUGUUAUUGUUUGCUGGGUGAUGUUACAUAGCAAACUUAUGCCAGCUGCUAAAACUUUAAAUUGAAUUAAUUUCCUUGCUCCCGUGGAUAUAAUCCUGUAUUAUAUCAGUGAGGUCUCCAUCAUUUAUCUUUCGAGUGGAAAUGAGAAUAAGUUAAAUGUUUCCUUGUACACUCGAGCUCGGUAACCUGUGGUUUGUGCCUCGUUAUGCGACAAAAUAACGUGCUCAUGUGAUCGUGAUGGGACCGACUUUAUAGUGAAAAUGUAAAAUAUUGUAAUAAAAUAUCAGUGACCAUUUAUAUUGAUGUAGAAAGUUUCGUAACUGGUGAAUGUUAGAGUUGUUUCUCCCGCGAUGUUGCUCCCAUUUGUAUUGUUUUGAUGGAUACCUGUGGAUUAUCACCGACAGUUGGAAGUGUACUUGCAAUGACGGGACGGCUGGUGAACAGCUCCCCAACUGUCAAUGGUAAAGAUGGUGAAGAAACCCCCACCAGCUCCCCUGGCUGCUGUCACCACAAGAGGAACAGCAAUGGAGGUGGUGGGGGUGAUGUUGAUGAAGAGGAGGAGGAGGAGGAUGCAGGGGAAACAACCAUGGUGUUGACAUGUGAAGGCAACAUCACUGAUCCUAACCUCUCAACUAAACUUGAGUGCCUCAUGCAUCGUCUCCAACAUCUCACUCAGUGUGAGCGUGCACCAAGAGUUCAUGUUGUGGAGCCCUGGAAUAGCGUACGUGUCACUUUUUCUAUACCCCGUGAGGCAGCAAGAAGAUUGAAUUUACUUGCCCAAGCUGGAGAGCCAGCUCUACGCAGCUUAGGAAUCUUGUCAGUGCAAGUCCAAGGAGACCAGGUGAUCUCGCUGCGCUUGGCUGGCAAUGGGAGCAGUGAAGGCAAUGAGCUGGUAUUGCGGGCCACAGAUGGGCCUGUCUCGGGUAACGUAAUGGACCGGAUCUCAGGCCUCCUUGGUUCGGCUGCCAGCCAUGUACCAGCUCACCAUCAUGGCCAUCACCAACAUCACCAUCCUCACCAAACUCUGCAGUAUAGAGCUGCUCAUCCUCAAUCAGUGCCAGGCUUUCAGUAUGGCCAACAGGUCUCUGCGAGUCCGGCAGCUUUGCAGCCACAUAGCGCUGUUGUGGUGCGCAGUGCCCCCAGUUCCAUGCUUCACCAUCGACCUGCAUAUGUAGCUAACCAUCAACCAACUCCCCCUCCUCCAUAUCCGAAUUCUACAGAACCCAUGCAUAAUGUAAGCCAUGUUUCUCAAGCUCCUCCUUCUUCCUACGUAGUUCACAACACUGGAGAGCCCGCGAUGCCUGCAUCAUCUCAAGCUAUUUCAAAUUACCGUCUCACUAGCAUGUCGGGUGUGCCCACCAUGCUUGCCACCACUGUUUCUGCACCUGGCGCACGCCAUGUCAUUGUACGGCCUCCACCUCCUCAACAGCAACUUGUGCAUCUACAGCAACAGCAAUCCCCACAGCCCGCUUCUGUGCCUCCUGCCAUCAGUGUCCCGCAAUCUUCUGUCGUUGCUGUCACUACCAUGGGUAAUGUGGUGAAGAACAGCCCUCUUUUGGUUGGGCUCCUGCAACAACCUGAACAGACCACUCAAUCAAAAACGGUUGCAGAGCUGGGGCUGGCUUCAAGUCACUUGACAAGUAUGGCAGCAAAUCACUAUGACAAUACAAACGCAUCUUCACAUAUUCAUAACCGCCAGAUUGUGAACUCUUCUCUAAAUCAAUACAGUAGUACAACAAGAAGCAGAGAUGGCCUUACUACUCAUCAGCAAUUAUUUUCUGGGGGCUCUGUCAUUACAAAUGCCAGGGUUCCACUGCCUGGGGGACUUCAACAGCACCCUCUAGCUACUGGUAAACCUCCUCCCAUGGUGUGUGCGACUGGUGGCAACAUCACAACACCUGAGGCAGUAACUGUUACCUCAUCUCAAGUUUCUGUUUCAACGAGUGUAUCUGGUACAGUGGUUUUGUCAGCUAGAAGUAAAUUGGCUUAUGCAUUACCACACGUACCUGCAGCUUCAAACUCUGGUGGUGUAAUGCAGCAAGCUUCUAUUCUACCUCAGCGCUCAAGUAUUUCAAGUGUUGGAUCCAACAAUAGCGCAUUGACUGGCUCUGCCUCUGCAGCAGCAUCCCCCUCCCCUGCUAUCAGCCCGACACCUUCGUCACCGUCGCCUCACCCUUCCUCUACCCCAGGCGUCGCUCAAUCUACCAUGUCAGGCGUGCCCUUGUUUGCUAGUAAUCACGUCACCGCUCUUACUCCUCCUCUUACUCCAUCCAACCAACCUGGAUUAUCAAGUGGAUCUUCAGUAAGCGCAAGCAAUGGCACUUCCACGUCUCUCAGUGACACUUCUCAAAUUUCUUCUGUUACUGAUAUGCACAUGGUUUUUACAUCAACUGCGUCUAAUGCCUCGACUUCCAAUACCUUCGUAGAAACGAAAAUAAGCAAAGCUCCUUCGCCGAAAAUGUUGGGCAGCAAAGAAAGUCAGUAUCUUAUUAACCCUAAUACCGGUUUACUUGAGCCUCGACACAAUACAGAUAGUUCCGAUUCCGAGUCAGAAAUCCGCUCUUCUCCUAUUCUGAAAAACUCUCCUCAGCUUCAUACUUCGCUACAAACGUGCUCGAAAACAACAUCUUUUUUAUCCAUUCAACCCUCAGCUGCCCUAGAUCAAGUAUCUUCAGGGAGCUCGGAGCUUGUGUCCUUAUCAGGAUCUGCAGAAGACAAAAACCUGGACUGUAACAAAGAUAGCUUUGAUUCAAGUUCAAGUACAUACAAAGCUCCUUCAAUAAUGUCAGCAUCUUCAGUUGAACCUUCAAAAUUCUCAUUACACGUUUCUUUAGCUCAGACAGAAAAUCUUAAAGAGGAUUCUCCUGGGAAUUCUCAUUGGGAUGACAAUAAAAGUAUAGUGACUACACCAGGUUCUGGUGAAUUGCGCCUUACACUCAAACUAGGCCGUGAAGGUCUAGCUCAGAAAGUUUUGAAGCCCAAUCCCGUGAAAAAGUUAGAAAGAAAAGAUUCCUCUACCUGUCUCAAUUCUGCUAAUCAGUCGAGCAGUGAGCAAAGAAUACCCAAAAUUCAUAUAAAGUUUGGUUCCCAUACAUCAGUCAUUGUGAAAUCUGAAGAGAAAGAAAAAAAUAGGAAAUUGAUGGAUCAACAAAGUAGAGAAGAAAGAAAACGGAAAGGGAACCGAAGGAAAACGCGAAUUGGUGAUAGUGACAGUGAAAGAACAGAAUCGACAAAGCUGAAACAAAGUUGCACUUUGGAUUCGGCUCUCAAAGUUAAUGAUUCUAAAAGAAUGAAAUUAGAAGUUGAAUCUGAUCUAUCACCGAACUCUAGAUUGAAAGAUUUGACCGAUACUCGAAUCAAGGGUCCUCGAACUUAUGAAGAUAGAUAUCCAACUAAAGUUGACAAUGUAAAAGUAACAAAAUUCGAUUCUAAACUUCGUACAAGACCUAAAAUAAAGACACCUUUGCGAAAGUUGGGCGGAAUAAAUAAUAUUGGUGAGCUCACUAGUCACAAAAUCCUAGAAACACUACCACCAAGUAUAACAAAAGUUGCGGCUAUGCACACGCAACAGCCUCAUCGCAAUCCUUCCUCUUCCUGUCCAUCCACAAAUUUUUUCAGUUCUAGUGACCAAUCUACUAGCAACACUUUGAAUGAUAUUUCAUUAAGUGUGAAGGAUGGAACGGCCUCAAGCAGCCUGGCAAAACCUCAAAUGAAUGGUGAAAUGAGCCACGGGGAAAGAAGUGCGAUCUCUCGAGCUUUGCAGUCCAAUGCAUUUUCCGAGCUAACAUCUGCCGGUAAGCUGACAAUCAAGCGCAAGGCUGGAGGUGUUGAUAUCAUUGGAACCUCGACGUCUCUUAGUCUCCUCAAGAAGGAAACUCCACAGUCAGAUCCCAAGAGAAAAAUUGGACCCACUUGCAUCCCAACAUACCUGAACUCGUCCGUCUUAAUCAACAAGGUACCGAGCGGUGUUAGCAGCGGUAACAGUUACUCACGGCUCCAUGACCCUGAUCGUAGCCGUAGUGCGAACGCUUCUCGUCCUUCCAAAGGUGGAGACUUGCUCAAGACGGCGCUGUGUGCCAAUUUCCCUGCCCUCAAUGCCAAUUCAGACAUCACUAUCCAGAGCGUUAGGAAGAAAGAUAUUUUAUCAUUGCGCCCUGGUGCUGAUGAUGGUCUAGUUGCAAGAGGCUUGACGACGCACAAAGGUCCUUCAUAUUCGUCUCUGCCCGACAUUCUCAACAAAUCUGGCCGCGUGACGUGCAUCGAUGUUACCGAUCGCAGAGCCGUUGAAGAAGCUGUUAAAAGUUCAAGAAAUUCUGUUACAACGAAUGACAUCCAGCCUAAAAUGUCGGACAAAUUAGAAAGAUGGAACUGCAGUAGUGGAGGCUCUGCAUCUUCCACUGCAGCUCAGUCUCUGCCUUCCUCUUCCUUAGCCUCGUCUAAUUUAGCUGUGAGACGUCAGCCUGAAAGUACAAACUUUUUCUCUUCGUCCGUUAGUGUUGAGUCGAAAGACCCUGAAGAUGGUUUGAAAUGUUCCUCUAAUCAACCCUCCACAGACACCAACUCGGGAGUCCAUAAGUCACCUGUAGAAAAUUCUAGUUUAGUUGUAAAUACGAGUAACUGUGAUAAUAGUGUUAGAAAAAGUAUGGAAGACGGUGACGCUAGUGGUGCCGUUGGUGUUAUUGGAGCAGAAGCUCACUCAAUUAGUAGCGGAGACGGUGCAAGUGUUGUUGCUGACUGCAGUGAUGGUUCUAAAGGCGUAGAAUCGAACAAAGACAGUGUUACUUCAGUGACUACCAGUGUUGCUGCAUCAACGGUGCCAUGUAUCAAGCCUUCAGAAAUAGAAAGUCCUGAAGGCACGCCCAAAGGUGAACACGGCUCCGGUGGGCAGGGUGGUGAGGAUUCUGGUAUAGAAUCAAUGGAUGCCCUCUCUGAAAAGAGUCCAAACCAGAGCGAUCAGUCACCUCACAGAAGAGAUGAAAAAGAUUGUGAUGCGUUUUCCAGUGAUGCAUCCAAAUCUGCCAAUACUUUAACGAAUUAUGUCAGGCGUGCUGCCACUACCAGUUCGGCUAAUGUGGUUACUGCUUGUGGAAUGCAAAGUUCUGGCGGCGUUUGCUCAAAUUCCCCCACUUCCUCUGCUUCCAUAACUUCUGGAAAUGCAUCCGUUUUUACCGAAGCUUCCAAACAACCACUCGAGCCUCUUGAGUGCCCUAGUAGCUCCGACCACAGCAAUGGAAACAGCCAUCCUGAGUUGUGUCCAAGGUUAAUUACCGUUGACACAACAGCCAACACGGCAUCAGAGUCUGGUGUUGAUAAAGAGUCCGAUUUAGCUUCUGUGAACAAAACCAAUUUUCACGAUGGUGAAAAUUUUCGGUUACUUCCCUCCACGAGUAAGACUACUGAAUCUGAGUUGACUUUGGAGGAGGGAAAAGAAGUAAACAGCUCUGUCAAUGGACCUAAUGAUCUUUCUCCUUGUAUUGCUGAGAUCAAACCUGUAUCUGCAAUACAUGCGGAAUCAUCUGAAGCUAAUAAUGCUGCUGCAAAUCCGAAAGAUGUUCCUGAAGAUUCAUGUUCCAUCUCGCCUGAAUUGGAAGCGUCGGAAAUGAGCGGUAGUGAGCAAACAAGUAUAACAAAUAUUCCGCCCGAGGCCUCGACCUCGAAGAUUUCAAUUCCAGAUGAGAUCCCCUCGACUGUAUCUGUCACUGAAUCUGGCACUUCCAAGACAGAGAUUGGUCAGCCAUCAGUUGAAGCCAGUGACAUCCCAAUAAGCACCGGCGUUCUUGCUAGUUGCAGCAGCGAAGUGGUCGAAGUUACUUCGGCCAACACCACUGUUGCUUCAACUGCUAUGAUUUUUCUUACAAGUUCCAGCUUAUCAAGUCAAACUAUUUCCAGCAUCACGUCAUGUAGCCCGAAAGUAGUAACAAUUAAAUCUUCCCCUUUCUCUACUUCCCAAGCAUCCAGUCUCACUCCGCCAGUUGGCAAAGCUUUUAGACUUGUGUCUUUGCCUGAAAAUAUGUCAAUGAGUCCUUCUGCUAGUCCUGUAAAGGGUCAGUUGGUUACGUUCAAACAGCUUAUACCGACUUCAGGAAGCACUUCUCAAAGUAAGUGUAGCAUCAUGUCGACCGUGAGCAACAAGUUAGAUGACGGACCGCCAUCUCUGUUGAAGGCUCAGCUUCUUGCUCCGCCUUCCAAUGCUCACCACGCCUCGUAUCCUUUCGUGGCGGGCAUGCAUGUAACCGAUGCUGCAGCAGUUGCCACCACCAACGGCGAGCAGGAUAAUCUCGACUUCGUUGGAUUUUCAAGCAGUUCGAUUGUUAAAGUCAAGCAUUCCAGCACUAAAAUAUCUCAAAUCAUCACGCCAGAGAAAGAUGAUCUCAAGAGUGGCAUACUUUCACCGACCGAGGAUGAGCCAAAGCCUUUGAGAGUUCAGCCCCCUUUAUAUACAUAUGGAAGUAACAAAGACAGAAAGAAAGACUUCGAUAACGAAAAUGAUGACAGAGAAAAGCUUUCACCGCCGCGCGUCGCAGAAAAAGACUCAAUCGAAACUACCAUUAAAAAUGAAUCAAAUUUGAAAGAUUUCAAAUUGUUAAAAAUUGAAGAUUCACUGGGGAUGAUUAAAUGCAAGACUGGUCGCGAAUUUGACGUACUCACCAUAGAAAUACCAGCGAACAACUCAGAACUGAUCGACGACAAGCGACUCACGCGCGCCACACGACAGAGCGCUAGAAUUGCGAGCCCAAAGAUUAACAGUUGUGAAGUCAGCCCCAGAACAUUAGACCGGAGAAGUCCAAGCUACUCUGUGACCGGAAAUAGCAGUACUGUGGCUCAGCAGCUGUUGCAUCUGCAACAGCAGCAGCAACAACAACAGGUGCAUUUAGUCGUAUCCAGUUCUGGAGGCGCCCCAAGCAACAGUUUCUGUGGAAGCACAUCGCUCACUCCUAGUAUGAGCUCCUUGGCAAAUUCCUGUGUCAGCAUCAGCGGACGCGUACUGGCUAACAGUGGCAGUAUCACGGUCACGAGCUUGUCUGGUAAUGUAUCCAAAAUUGGCAGCUGCUCUGGUACUCUACCAGCAACUCGCGGGGCGUACAAACGACGUCGCUACGAAUCUUCCGACGGCAACUUAUCUGUUGCAGUGCCUCCAUCCAAACAGCCUCGCAGAGGUCGACUUGCUUCUGCCGAACCGCAUCAUAAGAUCCACAACACGCGGCCUACUGAUCCCAAUCUGAGAUAUGCUGCAGGUGACGAUUCGAGUUCAUCUGACGACGACGAAGAAGGCAGCUGUGGCAGUGGCGUCGUUGUAGUGGGCGUUGCGACGUGUGUAGCUGAAGCUGCUGCUGCCGCGGCCGCGUCUUCGGAAGCCUCAAUUGCCGCGUCUGCCUCACAAACCAAGAGGCGUUCCGUACCUCCACUCGCAGCACUUGAUGAUGAGGAAGACGAUGAACAUAGGUCAAGUUCACGGAGCCGCAACAACGGCACCCGAAACCGCUGUAAUGCGGUAGCGACCGUCACGGGGGUGCAGCAGCAGAACGGUAACUCGGUAGUAACAUCAUGUGCAGCUGCCGCCAUCACUCUCCUGACUCCUGCUUCAAGAACUACUGUUGCUACUGCUGAUCUUUCUGGAUGUUCUACAAAUCGUAACGCAUCGCCCAGUAGUGCCUCUACAUCUACCAGUAUUGCAGUCUCAAAUAACAUCACUAAUAACAACUGUAACACGGGUGUCACUGCUAGUGGCAGCAGCUACACUGAGGGCGAAACUCGACCUACCACGCCAUCGAGACGUUCGUCUGUCGCAACGCGUGCGUCUUCUCAUAACCUUCCACCUGGUGAAAGUACGUCUAUUGCUAGCGUGAGCAGCACAGAUGCGGCGGGUAUUGAUACUGUUGAAGAAAAAUCUACACAUUUUCCACCCACGGGAAUGUCAGAUACUGGUGAUGACGAAGGUAUUCCUGUAAUAAACGACGCACCACAGGUUGCACUCGCUGAACAUAACAGGGCCGCUCCAGAUAAAGUCCCAGCUGAAAGCCCAGAGCCUGCUGAUGACAGUCGAACUAAGGAAACCAUCAGCACUAGAGAGACGCGCGGCACCGCUCUUCAUGGCUCUAAGUUUCAAGGGCUCGCUUCUGCAGCGCCACCUGCAAAUGCGUCUAAUAAAACCAACAGUAAUAACAACAAUAAUACCACAAACACAAAUAAUAAUAACAACAGCAAAAACGAAGACGGUGAAAGUAUUACUGUUUCGGAUAACCGACGGAAGACCCGCAGUGCUGCGGCUGCACCCGAUGAAAGCAUCAGCAAGCGACGUCGCGUUUCGAAGGACAAGUAGCAGAAAGCAUCCCCUCAACUGGGCUGCACCAUCCUCUGUCAACAGAGACAAUUCGUCUAGAUGCUUACAACUCUAAUGCUUCUCAGCCUCUGGCGUAGUAAAUGUUAAUAGGUCUUUAGAAAUGCUGUUAUUCAAUUCGACAAACUCUGAAUGGUUCAAUAAUCAUUCAAUGUACUAGAUUGUGUUUGUUGGUGUUAUCAAGGAGACCUCUCAUGAGCCAGUAAGAUGGGUCGUUUCAAACCUGAAUUUGAAUUGCAAACACAUCUUUUGACUAAAUAUUUUCAUGUUCUAAAUUACGGUUCAAUGCAGUUAAGUUUGACAAAUUUGCACUUGGGUUAUAGCUUGCUAAGUUCAGUAGAGGAUUUUAAGGUGGAUUAAAAGUUUUCUUGCUUAAAUGUAAGUUUUAGAUUGAAGGGUAUAAGCGUUUUUUUACCGUUAAAUGGAGAAUUUGUGUAACGCAUGAAAUGAGUUUAAGUGGGUGUCUUAACCCCUAUAAUGCCAUAACAUAAAUUUUGUCUCAACUCGUGGAGCAACUGUGUCGUGUUACGUUGAAGGGAUGCUUUUGUGAUGGUUGGAAGGUGCAGCUUGAGUUGGAAGCUUAUUUUACUGUCUUAUAACAAUAUUGGAUUGUUCUGUGCAAUAUAUGGCCUGUUAGAGAGAGGUUUUUCGGUCGCCUGCCAUGCCGUUGUCGUCAGUCUCUGUAGUUUAUGGCCCUAGACUCGGGACACUAAGUUAAAGAUGUUCUUGUGUUCCUGAGUUCCUCAUGCAUAUCGUCUCUAGAGAUGCAUUUCUUGUAUCUGUUGAAUAUCAAACCUCGAUAACCUUUAAUGUUGUUUUCAUUCAUCAUAAAUUGACUAGAACAAAUUCAAUGACUAUAUUCGACAUUUGCUAAAUUGUUAUCAAUUAACCAGAAGGAAUCGGUGUCAGCCUAUAGUGUUGAGAUUGUAGUCAGAGACUCAUAAUUAUUACAUGCUCGGAAAUUUGCGGAAAUCGAGGUCUACAUUCAUAGAGUCGAGUUGCUCCAAGUAGGCCAUGUUAGUCUUAACUCCACUGGGCAUACGAGCUGACUCGCUGCCAGCUCUUUUUUUGGUUAAUCUCAAAUUUUUGGACACAUUUUUGCUCUUACUGUUGUUUUUAAACACGUCACGUGACAAUGCAACGAGUUGAUCUGGAUGAUAAUCUUACAAUUGUUCUUGUUGCCCUGUGUAGUCAGCUGUGUGUCUUCCGGUUGCCCUCCAACUAAUUUUUUUCUGAAGUUGCGUGACAAUACGUGCUCUCGGUGGUUAUUGAUGGUGAAUUCAUAAUUUAGUCCUCAAUGAAUUUUGUUUCUUAUAUAAUGACCUACCACAUUUUACGACGUUUUUCAUUUAUUGAAAUGAAGAUUUGUUGGUGCCAAUGAUGCAGUGAAAAUUGUCCGAAAGGCUUUUGCUAAAAACAACUGUAGGGACUUACGGUUGCAAUUUAUUUACACGUUGCUUUUACGUGAAGGGACUGGGACAUAUCCACUUCCUAGAACUUUAAAUCAAGAAACUUGCACGAGAUGGAUGACAGUUCUUUUUCAGUUUUAGAUGGUCAAGUAUAAUAGUUUUAUGAUGAUGAUUCCUCGUCUCUCACCUCAAAUUUAAAUGCACAGAAUGCAAUGCUGUAUUAUAUAUUUGAACGAAUUUUUGUAAUGAUACAAGAUGAGAUGCAUUUUCAACUAGCAUCUAAAUUAUCCUCUUCACCAAUUUUUUAAUUUUAACGCGCCAGCUUCGUGUGGUUCUCAUGGUUAACAUCUCCAACCAUCGUACGGCGAACUCUCUAAGCAAUUCUUAACUUGCUCGUGAUGUUGCACACUUUAAUAUUUAAAUAAGAAAAUCUUGUAAGGAUAACUCAUCCGAUUCAACGAUUGGUUCGCAUUUUUUAAUAUUUUCAAAGAACAAACUUUCGAUUGCUUCUAUUAAUAUUUGGUUCCUAUGAUUCAAUAUUCGAGGUAUUUUCAAUUCCUUUCUGCUCAAACAUCAAAUCUUCAAUGGAAUAAACUUAUUCAUUUUACUGUUAUUAAAAACAAAAUGUUUUAUUCUGUUUGAUUUCUCAACGUGAUAUCACGUUGAAUUCAAUCGCGUGUGACGCUAUCUCGCGACUUUAUGUACAUUUUAUCCGUGAAAGUAAUUCUCGACAGCGUCUAGACCUUCCCAUCUCAGACUUAGGUGCCGAGUUCUCGUUCUCAUACUUCAGGUUAUUGCAACAGUUCUGUAGCUCAUUGCUUACAUUUUAUAACCCUUUGAUCAUUUAUGAAUUGAUUAACCAUUAACUGUGUUGCUUUUUAAGCCACUUCCCGUGAAUUGGAUCUUUAAAACACCCAUCCCUUCAGAUAAUGAAACCUAACUCCUUCGUCGAGCUUAUUGUGGAUUCGCUGCUUCGAACGAGUCUCCCUUUUUGCCUUCCCAAGGUUACUGUUAGAGAUGCGUAUAACUACGUAUUGUUUGCAACAUCGUACUGUUAAAUUUUUUGCAAUCAUUGUUCCCUUUCAGUACUCGUAACAACCCUAUUUUGCAGACACAAGCUUCUUAGAGAUCGUGUGUGUGUUUUGUGUCCCUUAUAUGUUGGAUCUCAUUGGUAAUGUUAGAACAAAAGGAGUGACUGUUAGGCCUUAGUUGUUUGCUGCUGCUUGUGUUUAGAGCGCUGCCAGACAACUGCUAUUAGGUACUGUUGCUACUACUCUGCCAUGGCUAGUACUAGUUGAACAGCUGUCGUCCCUGGCUGCAGCUUCGUAGUUGUGCUGCCGUGGGUUGCUGUUAUUGGCAACGCACAGUCGCCGAGGCAGCAGCAUCUCUGUCCACAUUGCUCUCCCUAUCUUAUUGUACAUUUACUGUAGAUAUUUACCCACUGCUAAGUUCAUAAAGUUAAUAGUCUUAUUCAUCGCUGAAGGCGAUGUUUAUGUUUGUACUGUACAGCAAAAACGUUGAAAUAUUUUAUGUGUAUGUUUGUUCAUAAUGCGUGUAUUGAUACGGACAGCUUGUAGAUAUAUUUUGCUGUGGGCAGUGGGUGUGUAGAUAAGAAGGCCCCAGCCAUAGUGUAGAUACGAUGAGAAGUGUGGCUUGCUGCCUGUGAGUGUAGAUAGCAAGACUGGAGGAUCUGUGGCCACUUCUUUUGAGGCUCUGCAAUGAGGCAUCUACGUCUACGUGCCUCCUCAGCUCACUGCUUAGCAAUGAUUCGGUUGAACUUUUUUUUGCCAUGUAGACCUGUUUAGAUUUUAUUACUACUCAUAUGAUUCUAUUAUUGUAUCUAUUUAAUUCUAUUGUUAUUGAUAGCUCGUUUAUCUAAUAAAUGUAAAAAUAACCUUUUCA